AUGAUAAACCAGGUCAGAGGUUAUAAAUCAAUUAUUUGGCAAUAUACAACCGCUUUCACUAAAAAACAGAUUUAUUCCCAUAUCGAGUUCACGAACUUCAAGUGCACAUCCAUGAAUAAGGACGUGGCCGAUUUCGAAUACUGUUCUCUAAAAUCAGUUAAUCGAACUUAUCAAUAUAUUUCCACCCGGAUAAAGCUGUACAAAUUAGUGAACAGCCUAAAGGUUAACUUUGGCUUGCACCAACAGAUCAAUGGGUAUAAGCCCUUUCUAUACAACAUCACUUUUGACGGUUGCCAAUUCAUCAAGAACACAAAGUCCAAUUUAGUCGCCAAAUACUUUUACGAUUUUAUUAAGAAUGUCAGCAACUUGAAUCACUCCUGUCCGUUCAACCACGACAUCAUUAUGGAUAAGCUUACCUCUGAGACAAUCAAUUCCCGACUCCCAAAAGUUCUGCCCUUUCCCACAGGAAACUACAUGUUUCAGGCCUAUUGGACUGCCAAUGAAAAGUACCGUGCGGUAACCAAGAUAUAUUUCUGUCUUUAUUGAUGGAAAAGUGCUAUUCG